AUCAGAGAUGUUUGGGUAGAUUAUUUAAGGCGAAAUAAUAUAAACUAAGCAAAAGGUGUAAUUGAAAAUACUUAAAAAUGAAAAAAAUACAGAUAUUGACCCUAAGUUGAUAAAAGAAUUAGUCAAAGAAGUUGAUCUUGAUGCAGACUUAUAUUAAAAGCCAGAUAUUUUAUAUUAAGUUGCACAAGAAUACUUCAAAGUAACAGGAAAUAAACUAUAAAUCGACUUAGAAAGCGCUAAAAACUUCAUAUAAUCAAUCCAUGUGCUUGACCUUUCAUUUGCAUUAAAAUGGGUGUAUUUAUAAGCUUCAAAAGAUGAAUUAGAACAGAUUGAUAUUGUUUUAGACGCUAAUGAUGAUCCUUUGAAGAAAAUUGUACUUUUAAAUAUUGCUCUGGAAUAAUCAAAAGAUAUUUCAAUAUCUACUUUACUGCAAUUAGUCAGUGAUAAUUAAGAAAUACUAUAUGGUUUAUCUUUAUAUAUAAAUAAAAGGCUAGAAACUCAAGAUAUUUAGACAUUAAUUCCUCUACUCUAUGCAAUGAUUAAAGAAUCUGAAAUAAAAGCUAUAAAUUAACUAAUUACAUUAGAAUUACUUAUAAAAGUGUUCGCAUAAUAUCCAGAGCAGAAGAAUUAACUCUUUAAUUAAUUAAUAUCAGACGACAAAAUAAUUACAAAAUUAGAAUGGGAGAAAGAAUUUUAAAAUUACACUUAAUAGGAUCAAUAAAACCCAAAUUUAUCUCUAAGAAAGACAAAAGCAGUAUAUUAAUACAAAGAUGAUUAAUAUGACACGAUAAUAAAUUAAUUCAAAAGUCAAUGGGAAGAUUAGUUCAAUAGCAUGACCUCACCUACGAAAUUAGUGUUAGCAAAAGAUAAUAUUUUUGAUAGCACUAGUAUAAGCCCAAAUUUAUUCUAAUCUGUGAAUUAAAUCAAAGGAGAUGAAGAGGAAGAUAUAUAAAACAUCACUGUAAACAGAAGAAGAAAAACAGUUAUGGCCAAAAAAUUGCUAGCUUAAACAGUUCAUCUAGAAGGUUCUAAUGCUCCUGAAGAACUUGAAUUAAAAAAGAGCAAAACUAUUGAAUAAACAGACCCUUCGCCACUAAUUUCGUAAAAUUAACUUCCUACAUAACUUAAUUAAACAACACCUCCACCUCCAACAUUAAACUCAGGUAAUCCUCCACCUCCACCUCCACCUCCUCUUUCAUCCUCUUAAACUGGUAUUCCUCCUCCUCCUCCACCUCCACCCUCUUUAACUGGUAAUCCUCCUCCGCCUCCACCUCCACCUGGUGCUUAAAUUACUGCAAAAAAGGUUAAUCAGGAGUAUUUGAAACUCAGUUAUUCUCUUCUUAAAAUUAAACUUGAAGGGACUAUCUGGAUGAGACAAUUGAAAGGUUAUUAGAUUAAAGCAAAAGAAGAUACUCUAUAAGUGUUUAUAAGAAGAAAUGCAAGAUAGUAACAAAUAAAUGGAACAAGACCAAAGUUAGUACAAAAAGAAGCAGUUGUAUAUUUACCUUCUGUGUUUACUGUCUAAAAUUAAGUAGUAGUAUUAUCAUUAAUACGAAAUAGGCUUCAGAGAUUGAAUUUAGCGGAAAUUAUGGAACAGGUAAAUGAGCUUGAAUUCCUUGGUAAAAAUUAAGAUAAGGAAAUAAUUGAGCAUCUUAAUAAAGCUGUCUAAUAUAUAACCCCAGAAUUUGAUUCUUAAUAUUAGAACAUCGUAAGAUAAGCUAAAGCAUAAACUAAAGAGUUUGUAAAGAAAUAGCUUGAAGCUGAUAGUGAAUUUUAAAAAAAGGAGGGAGAAAGACUAAUAACUUUAUCAAUAGAGGAAAGAGUAAAAGCUGAUUAAGAAUUUGAUGAAGAUUUGAAUAAAUUAUCAGUUGAGCUAUAGGCUGAUUUCAAAGAAGACGAGAUUCGACAAACACUUUCAGAAGUUGAGCCAAAGUUGCAAUAACUUAAAAACGAUCUUGAUGUUGCAGAAUCAGAAGAAUAGAAAAAGGAGGUAUUAUUAAAAUUGGAGAGUGUGCUUUUUGAAAAGCAUAAACUGCUUUAAUAAAAAAAUUUGAGUUUGGAUAAAUUCUAACCUAGCCAAGUUGACACUCUUCUCAAAUUUAUAAACGAUAGAAACUCUAGAUAAGCAAUCUAAAUAGAGUAUUUUUAUAAGGAGCAUCUUGACCGUAAACUCCAUAUUGAAAAUACUGUUACACAAUAUAGUGAAGUGUUCGAAGAACUUAAGAAGGAUGUAGAAUUAGUGAUGUAUUUCCAGUACAUCAAAGAAUAUGCGAAAGUAUUAAAUAAUAUUCCAGAUGACGAAGUUGGAUUUAAAUUUGAAAAUAUGAUUAACUUCUCACAUAAAGGAAAAAAUUCAGAUGGAAAAUAAGAAGAAUUGGUUAAAUUCAUAGUAGAACAAAUGAUGGAAUAAGGGAUUGCCUUUAAAGACUUAUCAUAAACUCCAUUUAAGUAUCUCUAAGUUUUAUCCUAACCUAAUAAUGCUUUAACAGAAAUUCAACAUUUUAUCAAAGUGUAUACAGAUCAUUAGAAGUUCUUAGUAACUUUAAGUUAAGAUGAAAAAAAUAAAGAUUUUAUCAAAAAAACUGAGAAAUACUCUUCCUAAUAUAAUGAUUUUGUUUUUUCCAUGAAGACAAUUUAUGAAAAUGAUUAAGAGAAUUUUAAACAUCUAAAAGAGUUCCUUUGCGAUGAUAGAUCUGAUAUGGAUACCCCCAGAUUCUUCAAAGAUAUACUGGAUAUUAAAGAAAUGCUGAGAGGUUUUUAUAAUACUAUCAGAGUCGAAUAAAAAAAUAGAAAGAUAUAAGCUAGAACUAAAAAGACUGCAGCUUGAUUAAUUAUAUAGAUAUAUUAUUUUCAUCGAAAUAAUUUUCGAU